AUGAGCGGCUUCAGAGGUAUCAAGUUUUGUCCAGAAUGGUAAGUUAGUGAUAUUCAUUGGUAUUUUACAUAUUUUUUAUGCGGCUAUAAGUUGAUUUUUCUGUAAUACCAACAUCUUCAGCAACAACAUGUUGUAUCCUCGUGAAAACUUACACGAGAAGGUUUUGAUGUAUGCAUGUCGGAAUUGUGAUCAUGCAGAAUAUGCCGACAAUCAAUGUAUUUACGUUAACAGGAUCCACCAUCAAGUUGAGUAAGUUAAAUGAGUUUGAAUUUUAUUUUAGGUAACAAAAAGGGUUGGAGUUAACUGUUUUAGGUAAUAAUCGGAUAGAAGUUGAAUAUUUUUGGAAGAAGGAAUAACUUAUAUGUAUUAUAAAAAUUUUACUAAAGCAUAUUGCACUUGGUUUGGAGUAACAUAUUGUUUUAGCGAGUUGACUCAAAUUGUGUCUGAUUUGAGGGAAGAUCCGACUUUACCCAAAACUGAUAACCACCCUUGUCCGGCUUGUGGCCACAGGAACUCGGUGUUCUUUCAUGCUCAAUCUCGACGUGCUGAAGAGGAAAUGCGACUGUAUUAUGUCUGUAUCAACGCGACUUGUGGACAUAGAUGGACGGACUGA